GUAUAAAACGGCGCCGUCCGGCAAGGCCCGACCCGGUGCCAGUGCGCGGUCGGGCGGCAGGGCCGCCGUGACCCCGUCCUCGGACGUCGGCGCCGGACUGCCGGGAUGAAUAGCGCGGCGGUCAUCGGGCGCCAGCUACGCCAACAGAACACGGGUCGCGCGGGAGCCGCCGGCGGUUCGUCUCUCACGGCUGCCUCGGCGCGCGCUCGCGCCCCGUCGCACUGCAACCUGAUCCCGGCGCAGUCUCAGCAGCUCCAGCAGCAGCAGCACCAGCACGCUCAACAGCAGCAAGCGCACGGUGCCUCGGGCGCCGGAGCCUCGUCCCAGGAGAACAAGGACGAGCAAGGCACCCGGUGGACAUGGAGCUGCGUGUGGGAGGCAUGCAAGGCACUCUCGGGGGGCAUCUUUCUACUGGCCUUGGGCACGGCCAUGUGCGUGGUGGGCUUUUUCGCCGAAGAUUUGGCCACGUCGCCCGUGCCACGCCAAGGCAACGCCUCGGCCCCGGCGGCGGCCGCCUCCUCGCCGUCGACCACGUCCGACGGCGCCGCGACCGCCGAUGAGUCGCAGGCGGCCACGACGCUUGUGGUGGAUCGCAACCGCGAGUACCACCUGCACAACCUGUCGUUCGCGGGCCCCGCCAUCAUGGGCCUGGGCGGCAUCUUCAUCGUGGCCGCGUGCGUGCUCACCUUCGAGGCCAAGGAGCGGCCCCACCACCAGCGGGUCGUGCCCGUGGACGAGAAGAGGCCCUCCGCCGCAGAGGUACUCAUCCCGGUGCUGGCCAAGACGCCCCAAGGCACUCACCUCACCGUGCCGGCCGUGUGGACCACGAAUGCGGCCGGAGCCAGCGACGACCCGGGGGGGCCCUCGGAGCCGCCCCGGACGCUCGUGCUCCCGAAGAAGAACUCGGUCACCACGACCACGACUACGGCCACGACCACGACCACGUCGUCGCGCAGCAGCGCGGCGCCACCGACCAGGAACAGCGGCCGAGGCAAGAGGGGCAGCGUGGCCGGCAGCAGCGGAAGCAGUUCCAUCAUCGCCGCUGCCUACGCGGCCAGCAGGGCGGGGACGAAGACGGCCCGGACGUCGCUUUCGUCUACCACGACGUUCCUGCUGAGCCCGCGCUACGAAGAGCAGUUCCUGCCGUCGCCCGCGGACCUGCAGAUCCAGGACCCGGACGGCUGUGACACGCCGGCCGACGAGUCGCUCGCCUCGGUCAGCAUCGAACUGUACGCGCGGCGGUACACGAGGAUGCCGUCGACCUCCUCCUCGCCGCGCCACUUCGCGUCCGUCGAGAGCGACGGUCUCUCGGACUCUGACGACGACGACGCGGUGACGUCCGGCGGCUACGCGCCCGCGGGGGCCUUCGAAGACCAGGUGGUUCCGUUGCUGGGACGGUGCAGCCCGCAGGACUUGGUGUAUUUGCCGCCCCCACCGUCGUCCCGGUCCUCGCACCACCGGGACGGCGGGGGUUCCAAGAGGUUCCCGCUCCUGCGGCAGUCGGCGUCCAACGCCGACGGCUGCAGUCGGGGCCUGAACGGCCGGGCUUCCGCCGACGAGAUGGUGCCCAGCUAGGAGCGCGCUACUAACUUUCUCCGCCCCCGAAAGGACCCGGUCUUCGGCCGCCUCGGCCGGGUGUGUUUUUCAGCCGUUUCGUAAGAGUGAGCUACCCCUCCGCCGCCCCCGUCUCUAGACCGAGUGACACAAGCUUCGUCGAUCAUGCUCGAUUGUUUUUGUUUUUCCUGUUCUGUUCUCCGAGAAAGCACUCAACUCCUCUCCGUUUCCGAGAGGAUCCGUCUGCAAAGAAAUCCGGUGCCCGUCCUCUGCUGUGUGAUGUCCUGCUACAGGAACGCCUCCAGGCAACGAGGACGCACGCGAAGAGGACCGGUGAAGCGACGCGGGCGCCCUGAUUGGCUGAGUAGCUCGGUGUCCAGGCUUCCACCAAUAGGAGACGACGGCGACGCCACGUGACGUCACCAGUGCAUCUCGUGCAGGCCCACAGUCAACGGCGCUCGCAUCGCGGCCAAUCGACAGAGUGACGACAACUGUCUUCUGCGAAGACGACGAUGACGUCAGCGACUACGUCAGAAGCUGCACACAUCGCAGUGAAGCCAGGAAUGGAGCGAGUGCAUUUUCUCAUGUUAGGUUAAUGAAUCGCUCCUCGCGAAAACCGUACACACACACACACACGAUAAAAAAAAAGAGACGGAGCGGCGUUAUGAAGUGAGAACUGCUUGCGGUUUUCAAAUACAGCAGGGGCCAUGUUUUGAGCUUGUGACGGGGGUUGGAGGGGCACGCUUAUACAUAUAUUAGGCCGCUGAACUGUCGGAUUUCGCUGCGUCCGUCCCCAUGGCAACACACAAGGUCACGCUUCUUCACAUUUCGUGAAUUGUUUUUUUAUCUAUAUCGUUCUUUUCUCUUCGACUUUUCGUCACAAAGUGAAAUCUUGUAAGUCAAGUGGAAGCUACGUCUUGGAAGAUAGCGUGCAAAUUACCUAUGCUGGUACUGCGUAACGCGUCCAUUGAGCUGGCAUGCGUUGCUGCAGGUAGAGAUAAGAGUAAUGAUUUGAGUGUCUUGUUUCGCAUGUUUUCCAGACGGUACAACACGACCAAUUUUGACGGAGGUUCAUUUACCAGAACACGUGGCAGAUGUAACGCAAAGAAUUCGCCAUUCAUAAAAGUAAAAAAGAAAGAAAAGCGCAUACUCCAGACGCCCAAUGUGCAUAAUUCUAUGUGAUCAUAUGGGUUAAUAUAGGAAAAUCUGUUUUUCCCCAAUAAACCUAUGUAACCACAUAGGGUAAUGAUACGGGACGCAUCCAUCUUGGCCUUUGUGGGAAAUGCCCCAUGCAUGCAGUCAAAUUUCGCGCGUUUCAAACAAUGAUUCCUCCCUAGUCGAGAAAAUGUUUCAGAAGCGACCCGUAAACAACCUAAAUUUUGAUAUAUGCAAGAAGCAAGGAAGAAAUUAAAAUUAAAGAAAAAACAGACGCGAGAGAAUAGUAAGCCGAUUGACUUCUAUUUUUGUAUAUGUCUGCGUACGGCAGUACAACUUGCCGUUUCUCGGCGCUAUUAUCACUCACCGAUGAAAAUUCUCAAUGCUGAACAUAGAUACUUUCUCCGUCUCUGAUAUUUGGAACCGCAUCAAAAUCAUCUAGACUGUGAUUAGCCUUAUCCGACAGAACGUUUCGUUCGGAUUGCACGAUUUUUACUCUGAAGCUCGCGUAAAGCUUUGCGCUGCGGGCUUAUCACGUAAGUGCGCAGUGUGGAAUUCUUUUGUACGUGUGUUACACCGGCACACUACAACAUUUUGCCCAAUAUCACUCAACAAGCUCAGGAAAACUUGAAGUAGCUAAUGUUUCAUUCGACAACAAUAUACAGGAGCCAAAGCGUUUGCUAAUUUUCGAAGAUGGGCAGAUUAUCACAUUUUCCAAGCACUCGCAGCAAUAACGUCUGUUCAAACUGACUCAACGCUUUGAAACUCAAUCGACACAUUGAAAAAACAGUUUUCGUGGGUUUCAGUACGUUCCGUAAAUAAAUCUCGAGCCGAUCGCCCGCUACUGCGCGAUUCCGUCGAUGUGAUUAACGAGUAGAUGAACAUACAACAAGCCCAUCUUCUCACUCUGUCUCUUGUUCGGAUGAAAUGAGCAUAUAGAUGAGGACUCGAUGUGAUUUACAUUACAGUAAAUGAACUCGUUUGCUUUUUUACAUGUAAUGAUGACUGCUGCCACGUGGUUAAUAUCUUGAUGAGCUUAAUAAUUAUUCCGUGAAUGCCUUAACACUUAUUGGAAGUCCUAGGGAAUGUAAACAAGUUCUUUUGAUAUCUCUUCGCGUCCCAUUGUUUAGAUGAAACUACAUCUCGCCGAACAGAGUUCAAGUUUGUUGACUUGUCUUUUGCACAUUUGUUGAAGCUGACUUGAGAUGACGACACGACUAAAUGUUUCAAAAGUUGUUGAGGAAAGCGCUUCCUGUUUCUGCAACUGAGUUGACUAUACUUACGUGCUUGCUUACGUACUUGCGUACUUACGAUGAUGAUGAAAUGACGACAAGACUAAAUGUUUCAAAAGUUUAGAAAAGCACUUCCUGUUUCUGCAACUGAGUUGACUGUACUUACGUGCUUACGUACUUACCUAUGUACUUACGUACACUAUUCCGUACUUACGGAUCUUCAAGUUGGCGAGCAUUUGUAUGCAAAUAGCUCGCAUUUCUUUAGGCAUAACGGUGUGCUCUUUCUAGGGCGGCCAAGACCUCGCUCUUAACAAACCGAACUUCGAUUAUGUGAGAAACUUAACGAACUAAUCCAAUGCUUCUUACCGUACCAGAACUGAAGGUAAUGUGUUUCGCUGAACAUCUCAGUAAUGCUACUGGCUCCUGAAGCAGAACAAACUUCGCUAUAUCGAAACACAGUAUUCACGCAUAUCGCGUACUACGAAAUGAGUCUAAAUUUAGGUAGUGAAAAUAUAAGUGGUAAUUAAAUUUCAUGACCACUGAAGGAAGAAAAAAGAAGGUUUAAGAUGCUAAACUACAAAAUAAUUGUUAUAAAAAAGAAUCCCCGAAAUAUUUGUCGGAUCUAAAGGAUUAAUAAUUUGUUGUCGUAGUGGUACGGCAACUAAUAAGUGUUGCGAAAGGACGUCUCGGCGCCGAGUCUUCCUCGAGGACGAAAACAACCGUGUGCUCAAUAAGAAAGUUAAUUCGUCACGUAAAGUAAAAAAAUUGCGGUUUUAACAAACGAAUGCCCAUUUCCGGUUAGCACACCUUCCGGCGAAGGUGCGCUUUGCACUAGACACGAUAUCGAGACGCCUAUGCACCAACGUAUGAGUUACAACGUGUACCUCAUGCACCACAACACGUACACACUUGACUGCAGAGGACGGCACGACAAGUUAUCCGAUAGUUCCGGGCACCGCCAUUUUUGUACUCGCAAGCAGAAUUAUACGCAUGGAAACGCAAGCAAAGCCACACACCUACACGGGGUCCCCACGGAACUGUAGUGACUCAGCAAGAACUUAGGGUAUUUUCAAUGUCGUUGUAACUACAUAGUGCAAGCCCCCCGAUCUUUUCUUUUCUUUUUUUCAAAGCGAAGGCCAGGUGGCCUAUAUACGAAGAAAUGCCGCGAAGAAUGAGAAAUUCCCGAGUGAACGUCAUGUUUUGCUGUCGAAGCGUGAGCUCUGAUGCUCUGGUGCUGAUGUCAAAUGCGUAUCACAGCUCCUGUGAAGAUUGUUCGUUUUUCUCUCCGUGCCUCCCUUUCGCCUGUGACUAUAUCUUGACACAAAUUGAAAAGCUCUAAUCAAACUUUACUAUCAUAUCUACGUUUUUUUUUUUUGUUAGGCCUAACUGCCAACUGCUCCGUAAAAUGGUUGCGCACCUCGGCACAGCCCGACAUUAUGCCAGAAACUUUUAAUUUGACGUCGUAAUUCCACUCACGUGUGUAUAGUACAGCAGGCGUUAAACAAUAAUUGUAUCACUGAAAUACGUAGUAUCCAUGCCGGCAACACUUGUUGGUAAUUGACUGCAACAAAACGGGAAGUUUGGCUACUGAAGAGUCCGCUAUUCCGAAACCGUAAUAGAAACAAACAACGAAACGUCGCCCGAGAAAAAUAUAUAAAGGAGCAAACUGAAAUUAUUAAAUCAUUUACGCUUGCUUUAGAGAAAAAGAUCCUUUACUAUAUACUAGGAACAUAACAGAAUGUUGCGAGUAUAUACAUAUCAUGCAUAAUAGAGCGUGGGUAUGACAUUCGACGAGCACGAGUCGCCUCUAGUCGUUCGGACGUGUCAUGCUCACUGUAAAGAGCGUCAAUGGCUCUUUGCGGGGCACCUUUGCAUGCCGCUUGUCGUAAAAAAAAAGCAGUACGUAAAAGUCGACGUCCAAAAAUUGUACGUCAAAAUUUGUAUGUCGUCAAACUUUCGACUGUUGGCGCCCGGUCUGACGUCUCCUCGCUUUCAUUUGUUUUUUUUUUCUCUCAUUGUUUCUCUCCCAUCGAUUUCCAUGGUAACCAAGAAACAUUACCAAGUCGCACGUUAAAAAAAGUCGAUAACACUGCUGCGGAAGCUCUAAAGUGCGCCGUGGAAUUUGAUAAGCAGGCGGGUGCAGGCUGCGAUAAAAAGCUACCCCGGACUGGUUUCUUGGCAACUCAUUAGACCGAUAUCUCCUCGAAAACUCGCGCUCUAAUCUCAGUUCCGCGAAAUUAAAAGUUCUUAUCUGUGUUCAGGCGGCGCGAAGUUUUUCAGCGGCUGGUGCUAAAGAAGACGUGCCGUGAAUAAAUGGAUAAACGUGGAGAACGUGCGCGGACGGCCAUAAAGCGCCAACUGUCGGGGGAAAACGAAACAAAGGAAAUCGAACUGGAACAAGAAGCGGGAAGAGAACAAACGAGGAGUAACUGGAUCUUGUUCCUAUCUUGGAACCAAGAGACGGGAAGCGAAACAGAUGCAGUUGGAGGACGGAGCGAUAAUUUUCCAGUGAGCGUCGAGGGUCAUUAAGAACAACGUUUGCAACGCUAUUCAUUGCGGACACCGCUGGUGGCUCGCUCUCGUGGUGAUGACUGAGCAACAUAAAAAAAGGAGGGUGGAGGGUAGACGGAGUCGAAACGGGUUUCUCCUCAAUUGUCGCGACGCACUCAGACGAUUCAAAGAAAAAAACAAAGAAAGCGCCAAGGAUACGAAAAAAAUCAGCGUGAAUAAAAAAGAAAAAAAGAAAAAGGAAACGAGGCUCGUUUAGCGUAGUAUAUGCAGUCAUGCGACUCAGUUUAAGCACGUCACAAAGGAAAGGGUGUUCGGCCAGCUAUGGACUCGAAUGCCUUCGCGUAUCUUCAAACUUUCAAACUUCCCUGCUAUUUUCCCCCCUCAUUUUAUUAUUAUUCUUCAUAAGCCUGGCGAUAAUUUUUUUUUCUCGUUAACUACGUCGCAUUACACUCGAGCGAUCGCCCGCAGAGUCGUCGGCAGUGAUGCCUUAACGCUUCUACCUCAAAACAUCGUUCCGGAAUCGUAGCUAGUAACUUAAUUUCUGUGAACGCCAAACCUAAUCAAGCUGGUUCCGGGAGCGGUGGGGUGGAGUCGCGGGGGUGGGUCAGGCUGACGAACUUCGCAACCCACGACUGUGCCUCCUUCCCUACGGAAAAACGAAAAACAAACAGAAUAAAUAUGUAAACGAAUGGUCGAUAUCACGUUAUCCGGCUCCGGCAGUUACAUUAUGCGCGAGGCAAUGGCGAUAAGCCCAACCGAGUUAUCAGAAAGGAAAAAAAGACGAAGCCAUAUAAGUCGUCACCCUCGGGCGAAACAAGAUAAAGCGCUUUACGAUGAAAUUACCUGUGUCCCGAUUCCGAGCUGGACACUCAACCGUUACGACACUUCGUCUUGCCUUUUCUUUUUGCUUCUCUUCAUUGAAAAGAAGGAAGAAAAAAAAAGGCAGUUAGUGCGAUGUCUGUUUCUGUGCUCGCCAACUUACGACGUACUUCAUCCACUAGCUGCUUUUUCUAGUUUCUGUUAAGAAAUGUGUUCGAAGACGCCAAAGUCACGUAUUCUUUUUCGCGUGGUACACACAUACAAAUUGUUUGUUCCGGUGCGCUAAAGCCUACAAUUUACAGAAAGAACUUUUUUUUCUUGUACAUUCAUAAAGAAACAAGACCCUUUCCUGCUAGCGAAACGAACAAAGGCGGUGGCCGUCUUGAAAGGGAGCGCCGGUAAAAUUAGCACGGCCUUGAGGCGCCCUAUUUCGAAGCGCAGUGUUUUCCCACCUCUCCCAGUAUUUUAUGGAGCGAACGUAUUUACUACAUUCAUGUUUGUCCUGCAGGACGAUAUUACGGCUCUUAUCGGGAAAUGGAAAAGCCGUUUAUUUAGCUUACGCUCGUUUCUUCUACCGCUCGCUUUUACUGGUUCUUUUUUUGUUUGUUUGCUAACUUUCACGUUUUAGGGUAUCGCAUUCCUUUUCUUCUGCUUUUUCUUUUGCCACUCACAUUGGGCAGCUUACAGGCCCGAAGACUCUAUCGAAGAAACGAGUAUUGUGUAUUGCAGCCAAAGAGACGCGUUUUCCUUCCGUCUCAAUCUUUGUCCAAGCUUCCUUUGUGUGGCCAUUAUGGCCUCGCUUAGGGAUUACAAGCGCCUGUCGAAGAGCGUGACGCGUGGUGAAAAAUCAGAACCAUUCGAUUUGGUGCUUUCAUGGCUGCCUGCUUCAGCGGCAGAUACUUCAUGACGACGCCCUUAUCGCAACGGCUUUUCGUCGCUUUACGGCCGGUCGACUAUUAAAAGGAGCGUAGCAUUUCUAACGUAACGGCGAGAAACAAGACGUGAUUUCGUUUAUAUUUGUGCGAUUUGGCGAUCGUAGCGAUCGUCUGCAUCUAGAGGCUAGCAGACGCAGUGCAGAAGGCGCAGACGCGGGGCAAGAAGACAGUUUUUUUUAUUUUUCGUCUGGUUUAUAUUCAUUCGUAUUAUGCCGGCAGGAAUUUCACUUUUGUGCGACAGAAUAUUUCAAUUUUAUGCGGGAUUUUUACGUUCAACAUCUCGGAAAGUAUCGGCGAGGCGGAUGCGAUGUCAAAAGUAAUGAUAUAACGUUUUAGUAAGCCGUUACUUUCUCGCCAUGAAGGCCCUGUGAAAUCUGCAUCGGCCGUGUAUUUGAACUCGAAACAGCAGAUACAUCGCUUUUGGAAUGGUCGGUACCUUGAAGCGAUGCAGCAAGAAGGAGUCUUUUUCAAAGAAUGGUAUAGUCAGUGCAACGAAAAAAAAAACGUAUAUAAGACGGACUAACUUCUGAUGCUGAAACUCCACUUGGAAAUAAAUAAAGGAGAUGCUGAAGCAUCGCAAUGUUCUCAUUGCUGUUCACGAAAUUGUUCUCUCAACCUUUCGCUUCAGUUCCAAGUAAUGAAGGUGGUUCUUUGGAAUGGAAAUGUCGACACCCUCAUUUAUCUUUUCUUUCUUUAGAUACAUGAGGCAAGUACAGGACCUCGCUUGUUUAAUUAGAUAGGCGUCGAGCUUGAGUCGCAUAAUUGAAGUGACUCAUUAACGCUUUGACGCGCAUUAAAGAUCCUCGUAAGCCUCGAGAACAAAAUAAUACCCACCGAACGUGGGAGGAAAUGUAUGCACAUUGACGCUUCCGCCAGUUACUCCACUUGAGGUCAGAGUUAAAAAAAAAUAUUGCACAUAGUGCUUCUUCAUUUUCCUCUGGCCUUCGUGGUACACUACUGUUUUUAAUUAUCUGGUUGACGGCCAUACUUUUGUCUAUAAGAAGAACAGUCAUCACUGUUGCCAAGGAGGAGCUGCUUAAAAAUAGAUGUAGAGUAAUGAACUGCGCAUGACAACUCUGAAUUUGGUAAUAUAACGCCUAUUGUCUACGUCUUUUUUACCGCGUAUAUAACCACAGAAGCCAUGCUUUUUCUUUCUAAGCGUAAAGUCAUUCCAUUCUUUUUUUUAAUUUUCUUACUUCUUUUUUUUUUUCAUCCCUCGAAACGAAAGUUGGGAUUGCCGGUUUAAUGACAUCUGUCAGCUAAGUUUAAUUAGUGUCCUUUUUUUCCCGAAACGAACGUUAUGCUCACCGACAAAAUAACAGGUCUAGAAACAGCAAUGGUAAAACUAAAGGUCUGUAAAACAAAGCCGUGAAAAUGACUUUUGUUUGAGCGUGUCAUUUCAACUUCUGGGAAAAUUUAAUGCCUGGAGUCCUAAAGAAGAAGUAAAAGAAAAAAAAAGAAUGCUCAAGAAAUCGCAAUAUUCUUCUCAGGUAUCGGGCACCGCCUGUUUCAAUACCGGCACGUUUCAACAUUUGCGGUGCACGCCUCCGCACCACCGUUCACAAAUCUGGCAGACACACACACGCGCACACCUCUUAAGCGCGCAGCAAGAUAAAACAAGAACGGAAAGACGAGGCAAUCCAAAAGCACCAACCACGCCCGAAAUCUUCGGCCGAGCUGGCGCUUUAUAGGCGUUCCCACAGACGCCAAGUCGGGAAAGG